AGGGCUGGGUCUCCAUCGCUGAGCUGCACAAGCUGAGGAUUAAAAAAAGACAAGAGACAGAGAGACAGAGCGAGGAAGAGGAAGAAGACUGAGAUGAAGGCGUAACCCACCCAAGCUGCCUGCAGGAGUGGGCCUGGGGAAGGAAGGAAGGAAGGAAGGAAGGAGGGGAGAUCUCUUUCUGUCCCCCCCAUUUCCACCCAUUCAGGGGUAAGGAAGCCUUGGCUUGGACUCCACUCCAACCUCCCACCAACCCUUCCCUGCCUAGCUGCUGGCCGGCCCAUUUUUCACAUUCCCCCACAGCCCCAGUCAAUGACUGACUGACCGCAUUUCCCUCCCCGACACAAUGAAAGCCGCUUUAUAGAUGGAGCUGUCGCUGUUGCUGCUAUUGCAGCCUCCGCUGUUGCACUACGGCGCCUAAGCGCAGUUCCUCGCUGGCUUCUCGCGAUGUGAGUCUGGGCUGCAGCUGAGCAAGGAAGGGAGGAAGAGCCAAGGAGGAAGCGGUGGAGGCUAUGUGGUGUCCGCGACACCCGGAGUCCGGCUGAACCAUGAUGAAGACGGAGCCCCAAAACUGUCCAGGCAGUGGCACCAACAGCAGCGCCAGCAGCAAUAGCAGCACCGGCAACGGAGGGAACCUACGGAGCGCCUCGCCUCACCGGAACGCCUACGAAGCCGGCAUCCAAGCCUUGAAAGCCCCCAAAGAUGCCGAGAGCGAGGAGGCCAAGAAAGCCCGGCACAAGAAGUAUGGCUCCAACGUGCACCGGAUCAAGAACAUGUUCCUCCAAAUGGGAGGUGAAGCCGGAGGAGGUGGUGGUGCCGGCGGUGGCAUUGGCAUUGGAGGAGGAGUGGAGCUGGCCAAGCUGAAGGAGAAGCCUGUCCGGCUGUCCUUGCCCCGGGCCAGCAGCCUGAACGAGAACGUGGACCACAGCGCCUUGCUGAAGCUGGGCACCAGUGUGUCAGAGCGGGUGAGCCGCUUUGACUCCAAGACGGACAAGCCACUGUCCAAGCUCCAGGAGACCCGGAAGAUCUUUGAGAGGAGCCUUCAAGAGAAAGAGACCACCAACAAGCUCCUGCUGAGGAAAGAGAGGGGAGGCUUCCAGGACAGGAAGCUGGACGUGGUGGUGCGCUUCAACGGGAGCACCGAGUCGCUGGACAAGCUGGACACUGAAGCCGUCUCGCCCACCGUCAGCCAGCUCAGCGCCGUUUUCGAGAAGGCUGACCUGAGGAACAACCUUCACAAAGCGCCGGGCAAAGUUGGGCCUCUCAACUCCAAAAUUGUCCCCAAAAGGUCCAGGGUCUUUCUCCAGGCUCCUGAAGCCGGGGCCAAGGCAGACGCCCGGAGCAGUGAUGGGCCUGCCGCUCAGGCAAGAGGACAGCAGACAGAGGCUGACAAGAACCAAGCCAAACCUCCGUCUGGUGGCCCAGGUGGCGUCGGAGCAGGAAAGCCAGGCGAUAAGGACGCUCACGCAGGCCUCCGUCCACAGAAGGUCCAAGAGGUGCGCAAGAUCAAGCCCGUGGAGGUGGAGGAGAGCGGAGACUCAGAGCAGGAGUUUGAGGCGGCAGAGGUGGCAGUGGCGGCCGCCAUAGCGGAGGAGCACAGCAAGGCCUCCAAAGGGUCGGACGCUCUCAGGGCCGAGGUGAUCCAGGCGGAGGUCACGGUCCAUGCAGCCUUGGAAAAUGGGAGGCUGGGGGCUGAGUCUCACUUGGAAACUCCAGACACAUUGGCAAGUGCUUACAGUGAGGAAGCUACCAAGGCUGAGGGACCAGAGGAGAAUGACUUAUGUGACGAGUCUAAGAAGGAAGACUACUCCGAGGCUGACCUGGUGGACAUCAGUGCCUAUAGUGGGCUGGGGGAGGAUUCGGGAGGGAGCGGGCUGGAUGAAGACGAGGAUGCCGAUGGACUGUACGCACCAGAAUCCAGCUGUAUGGAGAUCCCUGGGUUGUCAGAUGAGGAAGAGUCUGCCCCCAACCGUAAGAUCCACUUCAGCACAGCCCCUAUCCAGGUUUUCAGCACCUAUUCCAAUGAGGAAUAUGACCGGCGGAAUGAAGACGUUGAUCCCAUGGCUGCUUCAGCAGAGUAUGAACUGGAGAAGCGAGUGGAGAGGUUAGAUCUCUUUCCUGUGGAGCUAGAGAAAGAUUCUGAAGGUCUUGGAAUCAGCAUUAUUGGGAUGGGAGCCGGGGCUGAUAUGGGCCUUGAAAAACUUGGCAUUUUCGUCAAGACAGUGACAGAAGGAGGAGCUGCCCACCGAGAUGGCAGGAUCCAGGUGAAUGACCUGAUUGUCGAAGUCGAUGGCACCAGUUUGGUCGGCGUGACCCAAAGCUUUGCGGCAUCUGUGUUGAGGAAUACCAAGGGUAGAGUCCGGUUCCUGAUUGGGAGGGAAAAGCCAGGAGAGCAGAGCGAGGUGGCACAACUCAUCCAGCAAACACUAGAACAGGAGCGAUGGCAGCGGGAAAUGAUGGAACAGCGGUAUACCCAGUACACAGAAGAAGAUGAAGAAACAGGUGAAUAUGCAACAGAUGAAGAUGAGGAGAUGAGCCCCAUGUUCCCCAGCAGUGAAAUGGCUAUUGAGGUUUUUGAGCUGGCUGAAAAUGAAGAUAUGCUGUCUCCAGUAGAGAUGGACCCUGAAAAGUUGGUGCAUAAAUUUAAGGAGCUCCAGAUCAAGCAUGCUGUGACUGAGGCUGAAAUACAGCAGCUGAAAAGGAAGCUGCAGUCCAUUGAACAAGAGAAAGCCCGUUGGCGUCUUGAGAAAGCCCAACUAGAACAGAGUGUAGAAGAGAACAAGGAACGGAUGGAAAAGCUGGAAGGUUACUGGAUGGAGGCCCAGAACUUGUGCCAGGCUGUCGAUGAACACUUGAAAGAGACCCAGGCCCAAUACCAGACGUUAGAGAGGAAGUACAGCAAAGCCAAGCGACUCAUCAAAGAAUAUCAGCAGAAGGAGAUUGAGUUCCUCAAGAAGGAGACUGCUCAGCGUCGCAUCCAAGAGGAGUCUGAGAUGGCCCACAAAGAGGAAGUUGACAAAUUGCAAGAGAAGAUCUCUGAACUGGAGGCGAAGCUGCAGACUUUGAAAAAUUCCAACCCGACUAUUUACAUCAUGUCUUCCUCCAAACUCCAAGAUGCGGAUGAGGUUUUUGAUUUUAAUGAUGUGAUUCCAGAGACCCAGAGGCUGGACAGCAGCUUGCAGAAGGCCCGAGCCCAGCUUUCCGCCAAGGGCAGGCGGCAGCGCCCUUCCCGGUCCCGUUUGAGAGACAGCGUCAGCUCCACAGAAGGCGAUGAGAUCCCAGAGAAGAAGGGGGGUGAUACCUGUGGAAGCCCACUCCAUCGCCUGAGGUCCCCUCUUCAUGGCUCCCUCCAAGCCUCUUCACCCCUCUCAGGUUCCUCACCCUUCACUCGCACUCCAGAGUUCUCGUUCGACACCUCAACGGCCCGGAGGUCAUUGGAGCAAGACGAGCAGCCGUCCUCGCCUCUCAUCCGUUACCGACCCCUGACCAACACCUCCUCCCAGGAAGCAUUGGGUAGCACCCCCACCAGCUCCUCCCCUAAGUCCUGCCCCAGCUCAGACAGCUCGCCCAUCUAUGCACGCAGAGAGAGGCACAGUGAAGACGACAGCCGAGACACGAGUCCACCAGAGCCUGCAAGCCCCACCAUUGGGCUUGACAAGAAAACACGGCGGAAGUUCUUGGACUUAGGGGUCACCCUCAGAAGAGCAUCUUCUGGGAAAAGCAGGAAGGAGAAAGGGGGAAAUCGUCUCUCCAUGGGCAACAGGGAGCUGAUGGAGGGCUCCAGCCGUUCCUCUGUCUCGCCCUUCAUGCCUUUCUCCUGGUUCACAGACAGUGGGAAAGGUUCUGCCUCCUCGGGCAGCACAGCUUCACCCAGCUCUUCCCCCAAGAACGAGGCCUUCAGCCGCAAGAAAUCUGCCUCACAGGAAUCCACCUUGAGCGAUGACUCCACUCCUCCCAGUAGUAGUCCGAAGACUCUGAGUACUGCUCCACCUGAGGCCAAGUAUUCCUAUCCCUACCACACACUGUCACAGUCAUCUGAUGAAUUCCUGGAUGAGCCUUUGAGUACAGCUUCAACCUGGAGCAGCCAGAAAGUGGGCCAGUGGCUGGAGAGCUUGAACUUGGAGCAGUACAUGGCCGAGUUUGCUGCUCAGGAGGUGGAUGGCCAGCAGUUGCUACUCUUGGAUGGGACCAAGCUAAAGGCUCUUGGCGUCAGCAAUUCCCAUGAUCGAUCUCUUCUGAAGAGGAAGCUGAAGGAGCUGAAUGCAGCUGUUGAGAAGGAGAGGAAAGCUCAGGAAAAGGUGGAGAAGCAGAAGGAGAAACAGAAGAAAAAAGAACAGGAACAGAAGAAAAGUUAGAUGGGGACAAGCAUUUCCCAGUGCCCGUGGCUUACAGCCUUCCCCCCUUCACCCAUGGAGCAUCUCUAGGGUGAGAGGGGAUGGUACGGUCUACAGCCAGGAAAAGGUGGGUGGGGGGGAAUAGGAGGCAGGCCAGAGCCUGCGGAAGGUUAUGGGUUUGGGUGGGACAUAUACAGCAAGGCAGAGCUUGCUGUGGGGCCAGGCGCGGCGAAGAUGGCAGCAGGAGCUGGACACCACCCAGAACAACUGGAUAGACUGCAAGGACAGAGUGGGUGAUGGCUCUGCAAAAUGGUGCCCCUUGCCCUGCAGCACCAGGAUUGUUAAGCAGCACUCUUGGUGGCCCAGCAAGCCUUCCCCGCUCCCCUCUUCCUGGAAAGUUGUGCAGAAGGUAGUAGUGAAGUUGUACACCGAUGCUACUCCUUGUGAAACCCUUCAGACCACCCCUUUGGACUUCCCUUUCAAUCCUCUAGAUGAUGCCAUUCAGCUUGAAAGGCCUAGAUGUGUUCACCUGUGUGCCAAUUUGGUGUCCCGUCACACUGUCCCAUUCCUACAAACCACAGCGGGGUGGGGAGGGAGGGAGGGAACCACAGCUGCCUCACAAAACACAACCCACAGAACCACAAGCACACAAACACAUGUGCGUGUGCGGACACACAGUGUCAUUCACCAGAACUCCAUCCGUUACCCUCCGCCACCUCCCUCCCAAACAGAUUCUGCAUCAGGUGUCAUCCUUUCUAGACCUACCUGUUGGGGGAGCUGGGCAGGAGGGAGAGGGUCGGCUGGCUGGCUGGCUACCUGUAGCUGAGAUGAGAAGAAUUAUAUGUGUGAGAGAAAGAGACAGAGCUGCAGAUGUUUGAUGAUACACAGCAACAAAUCACAGUGGAAUAAAAAGCAGUUUGAAAUCAUUUGUAGAGUGCAGUUUUUGCACUGCGGGGAAAGAAGCUGGAAUGUUUGAGCAUAAAGGUUUUCUCACUUCUCUA